ACAGAAGAGGCAAGACAGCUGUGAUUCAAAACUGAAAACUGAAGAAUGAAAAUAAGGGAUAAAAUACUAAUACAGAAGUACUACUUAAAUGUCUUCAAUGGAAUUUUCUUGGCUCUGGGUCUUAUGCUUUUGACAUUUGGCCUGUGGCUUUUCUUUGACAGAAACAAUUUAUUCAGUGUGUUAUUUUCUUCAGGUGAGAACCAGCUAGUGGCAUAUAUUUCUUGUAUGUUACUUGGAAUUGGAUCUGUUAUUACUUUUACAUCAGCCGUGGGAUUCCUUGGAAGUGUUAAGGAAAUCAAAUGUCUACUAGUUACAUAUAUGAGUGUUCAGAUCCUGGUGUUUGUUACCCAGAUGGCAAUAUCAGUGCUGAUAUUUGUGAAGAAAGAAGAGGUCCACAAUCAAUGGAACAACAGAAUUGAUGAAGUUAUUUCUGAAUAUGGGAACGAGAGUCUGGCUGAGCAGGAACCUGUGUGGAACAUUCUGAAUGCUGUGCAGCACAAUAUGGAAUGCUGUGGAAGAUACAAUGUCACACAGUGGGAAAGGAAUAAAAACAAGGAAAAUCGUACUCAGAUCCCAUGUUCAUGCAUAAAAUCUAGUCUGAAGAAAUGGUUUUGUGAUGUCCCGAGGGAUUCAACAUACAGUAUGGGAUGUGAAGAAUAUUUAAAUACAUGGUUUGAAAACAAUGUUUUGAUCUUAACUGCAAUUACUAUCAGCCUACUAAUUACACAGAUAUUUUUGAUCACACUAACUGGUCAGCUAUUUAGAAACAUUAGAAAGAAUAACAUUUGGCCAAAUGAAUCAUGA